AUGCGAGAGGAAUUUUCUGAUCGGACAAAACAUUGGCAUCAUGUGGGACAACACAGGAGGGUGACAGGACAACUGCAUCUUCUCAACUUCACAGGUUUGAGAAAAGCGACUGACUUCACAAUGAACUUUGCUGUGAUUCUUCUGGUAACAUCCAGCCUCUUUACCUGGUCCUCAGCUACAUACGCCCCCAACAGACCAGCUCCCAAGAAGCUGAAAUAUCUCAUUGACCCGCCUGUGUACGCCGAAGUCCUCGGCCGGAGGGGAGAUAACGUCACCUUGCCGUGCAUUCUGAGAAUCAAACCCAGCCAUUACAAAGUGAAAUGGACAAAGCUGAAGCUGGAACAAGUAGGGCCAGAGAAUAUUAUCAUAAUAGCGAACGCACAUGCCUCCAAGCCAUACGGCCAUCUUGGACCGCGGGCUGCCCUUCGAAAGGCUCACACCAUGGACGCCUCCUUGCAGCUCAGCCGUCUUGAGCUGGAAGAUGGUGGCACGUAUCGCUGUGAGCUUGUCAAUGGCCUCGAGGAUGAGAGCGUUGUCAUAACGUUGAGCAUUGAAGGUCUGGUGUUCCCAUAUCAGAGUAAAAACGGACGCUACAGAUUCACUUUCCAUGAAGCCAAGGAGGCUUGCGCUGAGCAAGAUGGGAUACUAGCCACAUACAACCAGCUCUAUAGAGCCUGGACGGAGGGUCUGGACUGGUGUAAUGCAGGUUGGCUCCACGAUGGAACCGUUCACUACCCUAUUAUCCAUCCUCGACCGGUCUGUGGGGGAGAUCUGCUCCCUGGGAUUCGCAGUUAUGGACCAAAGGAUAAGAACCACGACCGGUUUGACGUUUUCUGCUUCACCUCUCAGAUGCCCGGCUCUGUCUUCUACGUAUCGGGGUCUUUCUCCUUCGAGCAGGCGGGACGUGCAUGUAAACAUCAGGGAGCUGGGUUGGCGUCGGUCGGCCAGCUCUACUCCGCCUGGCAUUUCCAAAACUAUGACCAGUGUGACGGCGGCUGGCUGAAAGACGGCAGCGUACGGUUCCCCAUCAGCAGCCCCAGGGAGCGCUGCGGAGGCAUCCGCGAGGCAGGGGUGCGCUCAUUCGGAUUCCCUGACCAGAUGACACAUCUCUACGGAGCCUAUUGCUAUAGGUAG